CUUCAACACCGAGAAAGCAAUUGAGGAGGGCACAGAGGUGCAGAUCUCAUGGGAAUUUGGGAUGGAAAUGGUCCCAUGCAGGCCACCAACAGAAGGGACCAGUGCAGGAUUGUUCCCUGUCGCACACGUCCUAAUGCGGUGUCCUGUCCAUUCUAAUUGCCUCACUUGAUGGGACUCACAGCCCUCCUCUUAGGGAGACUGCUUGGUAGAACUCACUGGCAGGAAGGUUUUCCUAGUAAUCUGUUGCUAAGGCCUUGUCUACGUGCAGAAAUUGCAUACUUUUAAUAUAAAUUUUUUUUUAAACUGAUUCAUUUAAACUGGUGCUAACUCCUGUGGACACACUUAUUUUGGUUUAAUAAUGACUUAGUUCAGUUUAGUUUAAAACUGUUCCUAAUUGACUAUGAAUUACAUCUGUUUUAAUCUGAAGUGUGUCCACAUAGCCUUUUGCACCAGUUCAACUAAAUCUCUUUAAAGUCCCACAUUAACUACACUCUGAUCUACACUUAAAAUUCAGACUAACAUGGCUACCGCUCUGAAACGUAAAAUUUAGAUCACCUAGUGUGUUGCUCAGGGGAGUGGAAAUUCACACCGCUCAGCACUAUAGUUAAAUCGACCUAAUCCUCAGUGUAGAUGCAAAUUCUUCUGUUGACCUAGCAACUGCUGCUUGGGAGGUGGAUUAACUACAUUGAUGAAGAAACCCUUCCAUCAAUGUAGAAAGUGUGUGCACUGUGGCACUACAGCUCUGGUGCUCAUCAUGUAGACACUGCCUACAACUGGUUCAACUUUCUCAUAUAGACUAGCCCAUCUUUACUUACUCAUGGGCAAUUAUUACUGUGUCUCUCUCUCUUAGCUAUUGCUUGGUAAAGUUAGACAUAUUUAGGUCUUUUAAUGUUUCAACAUCACUGAGGGAGUCCCCUGGUUAUUUGAAUUGCUCUUCUGUGAAGUCCCUCCAAUUUAUCAAUAUCUUUCUGUUAACAUGAUAGGGAGAACUGAACACAUUAUACCAGAAUUGCAUGUGAAAGGGACUAUCUGCCCUGGGUCUAUCAUAUAUUGCCUUUAUGUAUACAGCCCAAAAUUGUGUUUAAAAAAUACUAGCAAAGCAGAAUCUGGGUUCUGAUUGAGUACUACCUACAAAUAUGCAUUGCAACACUGACAACCAAGCUUGAGUUAUGGGUGUGUGCGUGCGUGUGUGCGUGCAGAUGAGCCCUUCCUGGUGAAAAAUCGAAAUGGCCACAAGAUGCCAAAAGUCUGAGGCUCCCUUCUUAUCACAGGGGAAUAACCUGCGAGCUCUGGGUGCUGAGGCUUUGGGGAAACUCCUCAGGCAGAACAAAUCCAUCAGAAGCCUCACCUUGGAGUGGAACAGCUUGGGAAUGUGGGAGGAGGGCUUUUCCCUCUUCUGCCAAGGACUAGGAGCCAACCGCUUUCUCCAGUGGCUGGAUCUGCGCAAUAACCAGAUUAACCACCAGGGGGCAGGAGAGCUGGCCAUGGCCCUGAAAUGCAAUUCCAGCCUACAGGAGCUGGAUUUGCGUUGGAAUAACAUUGGGCUCCUGGGGGGCCGAGCGUUACUGAGCUGUCUGCACAGCAACAAGACCUUGAGGAGGCUGGAGCUGGCUGGGAACAACAUCCCCAGUGACAUCCUGAAGGCUGUGGUUCUCUCUGUGUCAGAACAAGCCAUGUAUCAUAACCAGGAUCGCCAGACCAUUCUCGCUGAGAACCACAGCCGGACACGCGUGCUCAGUAAGGAGGUGUUUAGUCUGAAGGAGGAGAAGGCUAAGCAGUUCCUGGAUUUGAUGGACACUAUUGAUAAACAGAGAGAAGAAAUAACCAGGAGCAGCAGGACAUCAGCAGCACGAGUUGGCCAGUUACAGGAAGCCCUGAAUGAGCGGCAGUCUGUCAUGAAUUCAUUAAAAGCCAAACUGCAGAUGACUGAAGCUGCAUUAGCUCUGUCUGAGCAGAAAGUGUACAACCUGGGAGAGCUUCUGAAUGCUACAAAGCAGGAGCAAGCCAGCAUGACCGAGUGUCAGUUGAAGGAGCUCCGGCAGCAAAAACAGGAAGCUUCUGAUCGGGAAACAAACCUUCUCCAGCACCUAUCUGCUGCCAAUGAGAAAAACCUGCUUUUAAGAAACCAGGUGGAUGAGCUAGAGAGAAGGUGCAAAGCCCAGCAGGACCAGCUGUUCCAGGUGAAACAAGAUUUGACAAACACAACAGCAGAGCUGAAACUGCGAGUCAUGCAGGCAGAGGAACGCCUUGAAAUGGAGAAGAAGAGAUUUAAACAGGGCCUGGAAGAUAUGGAAUCCCUUCGACUGAAAGAGGUGGAUCACAUGACACAUCACAUGGAGGCAAGUGAGCACUCCAUGCAGGAGAGAAUUCAGAGGCUGGAAGCCAUCCGGAUUGGGCUGGAGGAGGAGCUGAGCCGAGUCAAAGCAGCGGCAUUUGCUGAGCGAGGUCAGGCAGAGGAGGAGUUAAUCAAAAUCCGGGGCCAGGCCAGGCUGGAAGAGCAACAGCACCUGGAUCACUUGGAAGAGAAGCUACGGCUGAUGACACAGUCACGUGAUGAAGCUCAGAACUACUGCCUUCAGCAGAAGCAGGCAGUGGGAGAGGCACAGGCCAAGGUCAGCCAGAUGACCCAGCAAACCGAAGGGCUCAAGAGGCGCGUGGAGGAACUACAACAGGACCUGAGCGGCAAGGAGCAGGAGAAAGUGGCUGAGGUGAACAAAGUGAGAGUUGAGCUGCAGGAGCAGAUUGGACACCUGCAGGCUGAAAGGACAGCACAGGAAGGGCUGAAAGAGAAGAUUGCUGCCCUGGAGAGGCAAUUGAAAGUGUUAUCAAGUAACCACCGAGAGGCCCUGCUGGAUAAAGAGAGUGAAAUCUCUACUCUCCAGGAGAAGCUGAGGAUGAAAGAGGCUGAGAUCUCCAGGAUGAGGGAAGAGGAGGCCCAACGAGCUAGUUUUCUGCAAAACGCCAUCAUGGCCUAUGUGCAGGGCUCUGCUCUUGGAGCCCUCAGCCCUAGGAAAUGAGCGUGUCCUAAGGAAUCCCAGGUGCCUGCUGUCAGGAAUAGGGGGGCGUGAUCUGUGUGCAGCUUCUUCUUCCAGAGCAGGCCUGGUUUCUCAGGAGAGUGGUGUUACUCCUGUCUGAAGUACAAGGGGGUCACAGACACAGAAUCCCUCAGGCCAUUCAGAAAUUCUGUUGCUGACAGCAAUGAGGUCUGAAGAAAGCAACUAGCCAAGGCUGGGGUAGGGAUAGCCAGGACUGAGUUCUCCCACUUCACCGUGUUAGACCCUGUCCACACUAGAGCCUGUAACAGCCUUUGAAAACAGUUUUUAUGUCCUGUCACACAACAUAAGCCUAUCUGUGUCUGCCCCACACACUGAUACUAACCAUGUUGUAGGAUCCUGGGAGAGAGGUGUCAGCCUGCAGCACGAAUUUGGAUGCCAUGGCUGUUCACAAAGAAAGUCUUAACACUCAACAGGGGAACUGUCAAAAACAGCUCCCAUGCUUGGGAGCCAUCUGUGUCACUCUAGGCAAAGUACAGUGAACACAGAUACUAUGGUGAUGGGUGACGCAGACAUACUUAUAAUAAAUAAAAUCAGCUAUGCUGGCAGGUGACUGCAGAACCUGGCUGGAUAAUGAAUUGUUAGUUAUGGCUGAAGCCCCUACAGUCCUAGUUGAUACUGAAAAGUAGGGAAGAUCCUGUCCUUGCUCAGUAUGAACCACUGUCCUAAACUGGGGCCUCUUUAAUGAGACAGUGGCAGAGAACAGCAUUUAGUUCCACAUGGUGGGGGAAUCACAGUGGAUCCUACUAAAGUGACAAGCUGCAAAGAAUGAACUCCUGGCUCCAGAAGGUCCCUGACCUGUGCAGUGCCUAUUUCCUUGGCUUUGAACUAGUGGAGAGGGGGUGAGUUGUUCUCUUUCCAUUUCCAUAGAAUUUCAGAAAAUAAUGUGUAGGAGAUGGUGAAUGAUUUUAUAUUUUAGUGCACAUUUUUAAAACUAAGAUGAAAGCGAAAUAUGUGCCCUUUUCUUUGGGUCUAGGGGUUGAUUUGUUUUCAUGGUUUGUUUUGCAGGGUUUAUUUUAAAAUAAGAGCUUUUGCAUUUUGUUAUAA